AUGACGCAAGUGUCCCCAAUAGUAAAAAAGAUGCAGUGGGGCUCGAUUGUGGUAGAGCGCCUGGAUGAGAACGGUGUUGUUGUACCGAACGCUGAAGUUUCUUAUCGCGAUGCCAAGUUAUGGCCUGGUGGAAGUCGUGCGUGGGAUUGGCGCGAAACUGGAACCGGACACUUUCCGGGAAUUCAAACCGCAGACGUAGAGGAACUCCUGACCUACAAUCCGGAAACGGUAGUGCUGAGUCAAGGUGUGUUACACGUACUUCAGGUUCCGCAGGCCACCGUGGAUUAUAUUCACAAAAAGUGCCCUAAUGUCGAAGUACUUGUCCGUCCAAGCAAGAAAGCGUUUGAACUGUACAAUGAAUUGGCAUCGAAAGGUGUUCGAGUGGCGGCUUUGAUACACACAACCUGUUGA